GUGAGAGCGCAAGGAUGAGCGGUGCGUAAACGUUGCGCAUUGCUGUGACAUUGAACGCCUCUUGGCUGAAUUUUUUCGCCUCAUUUUGCAACACAGAGGAGGACCGAAUCUGGUCAUUUUACACAUUUUUUUUCAGGCUUUAUCAUCUGUUUUUCCGUGUUUGUGGCUGCAUGCCAGCUUGAGUGAUGAUGGAGCUCGGUGGACUUGAACCAUGAGAGGACACAAGUGGGUCGUCUUGCGUUCACCUCGCCGGCGCUUCCACGUUAACAGGUAGCAACUAGGUUUUUUCAACCGGGGAGCUGAGCAUUGAUUUGGGGAGACGUGUAAAUGGAAAACACCGCAAACCACUGACCACCUGGUUGCAGGAGGAUGAGACGCUGAUCACCGCAACAGCCGCAGGUUUGGAAGAUUCCUGUCAACUACAGUUUCUUAAAAAAAAACAUUUGCUUCACUUCCUCUGUCAUGGAUCUAAAAGACUAUUACCUGUUGGGUGCCCUACUCGCCUGUAUCUGGCUUGAUCCAUCAAUAGCCCAAGAACUAAUCUACCCCAUCAGGGAGGAGCUGCAAGAAAAUGUGCUCAUUGGAAAUAUACCGAGGGACCUUAACAUUUCUCAUACAAAUGCUGCCACUGGAGCAAGUGCUAAUCUUGUGUACCGGCUCGUCUCCAAGGCAGGAGAUAACCCUCUGGUCCGUGUUCUGAGCAGCACUGGUGAGAUAUUCACUACAUCAAACCGAAUAGACAGGGAGAAGUUAUGCCCUGGUCCCUCCUUUGAGGACAGCGAGUGCUCCUUUGAAAUUGAAGUGGUCAUCCUGCCUAAUGAUUAUUUCAGGCUUAUUAAGAUCAAGAUAAUUGUCAGAGACACAAAUGAUAAUGCACCAAUGUUUCCAUCCCCUGUGAUCAACAUCUCCAUCCCAGAGAACACUCUCAUUAACAGCCGCUUCGCUAUUCCUUCAGCCACUGACCCAGACACCGGGCCAAAUAGUGUCCACAAAUAUGAGUUGAUCAACGGGCAAAGUGCUUUUGGUUUAGACAUAGUGGAAACACCCGAGGGGGAGAAGUGGCCCCAGCUUAUUGUGCAGCAGAAUCUGGACAGAGAGCAGAAGGACACAUAUGUGAUGAAGAUUAAAGUGGAGGACGGUGGCAGCCCGCAGAAGUCCAGCACCGCCAUCCUGCAAGUUACCGUAACGGACGUCAAUGAUAACAGACCUGUGUUUAAGGAGAGUCAGGUGGAGGUGCACAUUCCGGAGAAUUCCCCGAUUGGCACAUCUGUUGUACAGCUUCAGGCCACAGAUGCAGAUGUAGGGACGAACGCGGAGAUUCGAUAUGUGUUUGGGGCUCAGGUGUCACCUGCUACAAAAAGGCUGUUUGCACUGAAUACGACAUCUGGCCUAAUCACAGUGCAGAGGCCUUUGGACAGGGAAGAGACUGCAAUCCAUAAGCUUUCUGUUGUGGCUAGUGAUGGCAGCCCGAGCCCCGCCAGAGCUAUUAUUUCAAUAAAUGUGACUGAUGUUAAUGACAAUCCACCCAAUAUAGACCUGAGAUACAUAAUCAGUCCCAUUAAUGGCACUGUUUUCCUCUCUGAGAAGGAUCCUAUUAAUACCAAGAUAGCUCUCAUCACAGUGUCGGACAAAGACACUGACAUCAACGGCAAGGUCAUUUGUUUCAUCGAGAAGGAUGUGCCCUUCCAUCUCAAAGCUGUGUAUGACAACCAGUAUCUGUUGGAGACAUCUGCACUACUGGACUAUGAAGGGACCAAGGAAUAUAACUUUAAAAUCGUGGCUUCUGAUUCCGGGAAACCGAGUCUGAAUCAGACUGCCUUGGUGAGAGUGAGGCUGGAGGACGAGAACGACAACCCACCUAUUUUCACUCAACCCGUCAUUGAGCUGGCGGUCAUGGAAAACAACAAACGCGACCUGUUCCUUACCACUCUUAGUGCUACGGAUGAGGACAGUGGAAAAAACGCAGAGAUCGUUUAUCAGCUGGGACCGAAUGCAUCGUUCUUUGAUCUCGACCGCAAAACGGGGGUUCUGACUGCAUCCAGAGUUUUUGACCGUGAAGAUCAGGAUCGGUUCCUUUUCACUGUAACAGCAAGAGAUAAUGGGACGCCUCCUCUCCAGACACAGGCAGCAGUCAUUGUCACUGUGCUGGAUGAAAAUGACAACAACCCCAAAUUUACACAUAACCACUUUCAGUUUUUUGUCUCGGAGAAUCUUCCUAAGUACAGCACAGUUGGGGUGAUAACUGUGACGGAUUCCGAUGCUGGAGAAAAUGCUGCAGUUUCUCUUUCCAUUCCAAAUGACAAUGAAAACUUUAUACUGGACCCUUUCUCUGGUGUGAUAAAGUCCAAUGUGUCAUUUGAUAGGGAGCAACAGAGCUCCUACACUUUUGAUGUGAGGGCUGUGGACAGUGGCAGACCACCUUGCUCUUCGGCUGCUAAGGUGACCAUCAAUGUCAUUGAUGUGAAUGACAACACCCCGGUUGUCAUUUACCCGCCCUCCAACACAUCUUUUAAACUAGUCCCUCUGUCCUCUAUCCCUGGCUCUGUGGUUGCAGAGGUGUUUGCAGUAGACGGCGAUACAGGGAUGAACGCUGAACUCAAAUAUACUAUCGUGAGCGGCAACAACAAGGGUCUGUUCAGGAUUGACCCCGUCACUGGAAAUAUCACCCUGGAGGAAAAGCCAGCAGUGAGCGACCUGGGCUUGCAUAGAUUAGUGGUCAACAUCAGUGAUUUAGGAUACCCCAAAUCCCUUCAUACUCUGGUGCUGGUGUUCCUUUAUGUCAAUGAUACUGUUGGCAACUACACACUCAUCAAUGAUCUCAUCCGACGUAGGAUGGAAACACCAAUUGACCGGAACAUGAGCGAUAGCGGUGAAACUUAUCAAAGCGGGGACUAUUUAACAAUAAUGAUAGCCUUUGUGACUGGCGCCUUAGUGGUGAUAAUUGUCAUAUUUGUUACUGUCCUGUUGCGCUGCCGUCACACUUCCAGGUUUAAAGCUGCACAGAGGAAAAAACAGGGGACUGAGUGGAUGUCACCAAAUACAGAAAACAAGCAGAAUAAGAAGAAAAAGCGCAAGAAAAGGAAAUCUCCAAAGAGCUCUUUGCUGAACUUUGUCACGAUUGAGGGGAACAAACCCGACGAUCCUGCCCAUGAGCCAAUCAACGGAACCAUCAGUCUGCCCACCGAAUUGGAAGAUCAAGGGAUCGGACGCUUUGAUUGGAAUGCCACACCUACCACCACCUUCAAGCCCAGCAGCCCUGACCUGGCCCGACACUACAAAUCUGCUUCACCGCAAUCAGCCUUCCACCUCAAGGCUGAUACACCGGUUUCAGUGAAGAAGCACCACGUGAUUCAGGAGCUCCCACUGGAUAACACGUUCGUCGGGGGCUGUGACACCCUUUCCAAGAGGUCCUCCACAAGCUCAGACCACUUCAGUGCCUCAGAGUGCAGCUCCCAAGGAGGGUUCAAGACGAAGGGGCCCUUGCACACCAGACAGCAGGGAACAUUAACUCGUGCCCGAACUGAACUGAACCCUGAAUAUCUGGACCUUCGUCCCCGAGCUGAGCUGAACUCUGAAUACUGGACCCCUUGCACACCCUUAUCGCAGCGGCGUGUCACGUUUCACCUGCCGGACGGCUCUCAGGAGAGCUGCAGUGACAGCGGUCUGGGGGAGCAUGAGCCUGUAGGCAGUGGCUCCCUCCUCACACAACCUCUCCCUCUGGUGCAGGCGCAAGAUGACUUCUACGAGCAGGCCUCCCCUGAUAAGAGGACUGAAGCAGAUGGCAACUCCGAUCCCAACUCUGACGGCCCACUAGGACCUCGCAGCCUAAUGGAGGCCUCAGAGAUGUGCACACAGGAAUGCCUCGUUCUAGGACAUUCGGACAACUGCUGGAUGCCUCCAAAUCUGGGAUCCUACCAGCAGCACAAGUCACCCGUGUCCAAUUUUGGAUCUCAAAGGGAAUGGGGUCCAAAGGAUAAACUUCUCAAUGGACAUACCUUGACUAGAACCUGGAAAAAGGAGAAUGGGCAGUCAGAGCAUUUUGGUGACAGGAAGCAGUUCGGCAGUGGAGAAGGACACUUCAACAGUACCGGCAUGGCUGAUAUUCCUCUCGUCAGUUUAAAGUCCUGCCAGUCAGCCUCCUGCCCAGACAGCCCCAAGGACCAGCUUUAAGAUGGACUUUGGUCCUGUAUUGUCCGAUAUUGUGAGAGGUUCUUACAACAGGACACAACAAACAGACCAAACGACUCACCUGAGAUCUUCUAGGUUUCUUUUUCCCCCUUUUUCUUUUCUUGCAUCAUAUUUUUUGUUGUGAUGCUUCUGCAGUGUGUUAGCCACAUGUAUAAUGUAGGCCAAAAUACUAUGGAGCUUUUGCAGUGUUUCCUCCAAGUCAACAUUACUGAGGCUAUUUCUAUCGCUCUAUUUCUUUUUUUACUGAAGCUUCAUGGAUUUCUUCUGUUUAAUAUUCCCCCCCUCUCUGAUUUGCAAAGAAAGGACAAAUCUAAUGGGGAGAAAAUGAAAAGAAAAAAAAAAAAAAAUGGGUGACUGAUAUAUACCCGUAUGUCAUGUGGUUGUUAUUGAGUUGUUCUGGACUGUAUUGUUCAACACAAUCAAAGAAAAAUGAAUCAUAUUUCAAAAGGCGAUGAAAACAGUGUAAGUGGACACUUGUUAAUUCUGUCACUGUCUGUGUGUUUGUAAAUAAGACCUAUUAACCACACCCUUGUACUGUACCUGUAACAACCACGGUGAUUAAGGCUGGUGACUGCUGUUAUAACCAUGAUAUAAUCAGGAUUUGGAGCUUUAGAUGUGGUCACUAUGCGAUCCGGAACAAGAAACACAAUCGGUUCUACGCAUGCUUAGAACACGUCUACAUCCGCUUGGCCUAUUUUUCAGCAGUCACAUGUUAGGCAAGCCGAGUUGUACUCCAUAUUAGGGAUGAGCGAGUACACCACUAUCUGUAUCUGUAUCUCUUCACCAAUCUAUAUUAUCUGUAUCAGUACGAGUACGAGUACGUAGCCACCUGAAGUGGGUGUGGUUUAAUUGGAACUAUGUGGGGCUUAUUUUAAAUCUAAAAUUGACAUGGAUUGAUCAGAAGCUGCUAUAUACAUAUAUAUUAUUAAUUAUUCAGCUAUACACGUAUAUGUGUAAGUGCUCCUUGACACUUUAACUAUUUAUAUAUAUAUUAUAAUUAAUUAAUAGGCAAACAUGAUUGCAUGCCAUGAGCUGUGUGAGGUUGCAAACAUGGCAAUGAACAACAAUAAUUAGUCAGCCUUGCUGACUGUAUUUUUCUCAAAAGCACCUCUUUUAAUACUACAAGCAGUUUUUCCAACUGAUUUAUAUCAAGAGCCAUGAUGCACGAUCGUGCCCGCUCUUCAGUUAAACACUGUGUAUUUUAUGAAAUAAGUUUAAGAUUGCAAAGUGCAUGCUGCAACGUACUGAGAGGGGAGUAAUAUAAUACCAUCUUAUAUACAAUAUAAUAUCAUACAUUUAUACUUCAUCUAUGUGAUCGGUAUUGGUUUCGGUAUCAGCCAAAUUCACUCAUGGAUGAUCAGAAUCCAUAAAACCCUGAUCGGAACAUCCCUACUGGUUACAUUAAAAUAUCACUGUAUUUUUUAAAUAUAUUUUUCUGUUUAUUGAUAUAUAUUACACAAGACCGGAUAUGACAUAAAUUGACUGUUGUGCAUGUGUGCAUUCGCUACACAUUUCCUACAUACAUCAGUCUUGGAGAACAAAGACGAUAGAAACAACUGCAUGAAAGCAAAGUCUCUUUAACUCAUGAAAUCCCAGCCAUUUUGCAAAAGCCGCCCCUCUCGGUUCUGGAUGAUUUUGACUAAUUUCGCAAUGCACACAAAAAAGUGUGUUUCUAACUUUUUCCCUUUUUUUAGUAAUUAGCAGUAGAACAUACAGUCAUGGAAAAAAAAAUAUUACACAACUUUGUUUCUUCCUCUUCUUGUUCAUUUCAAUGCCUGGUACAAACAAAGGUACAGUUGUUUGGACAAAUACAAUGAUGACAACAAAAAUAGCUCAUAAGAGUUAAAUUUUACAAAUUACAAUGUUACAAUUAUUCAUGUAAGAAUAUAAGUGAUUUUGUAAAUUUUUUAAAAAAUGUUAUCAUCAUUAUAGCUGUCCAGGCAUUAAAGUGAACAAAUAAAGUGAAGCAACAAGGGGUGAUUAAUAUAUAUAUAUUUUUAAUGACUGCAGGUAAGUUGCAGCAAAAUAUCAGUUCUCAACAAAAAUCUCACAUUUGCAACUGAAUUGUGUGUGUGCAUCUGUUAAAAUUUCCUUUCAAUACGUAACCUUCACGCAACACCUCUGCCUCUUCCGAGACCGACUCUGCAAGCGGCAGACACAGAGCACCUAAGCAGUGCCUCAAUCACAUAUACUUUGCAAUUGGGAAGUUUAAAACGGCUUAAAACUGCUUAAAACUGCUUUUUUUCAUCUGGUGCUAUAAAGUCAGUUGGAAAACUGCUUGUAGUAAUGAACGCGGUGCAUUUGAGAAAAAUACAGUCAACAAGGCUGACAGAUGACUUCCCUUUUUGCCAUGUUUGCAUGAAUCACCAACUUCACACAGCUCAUUAAAAAUAACUAAAGAAUAAAGUCUCAAGGAUCACUUACACACACACACACACACACACAAACACUACACACUGUAGCUGAAAAACAAACAAUGCAUAUUGCAACUUCUGAUCAAUCCAUGUCAAUUUGAGAUUUAAAAUCGUGUACAGAUCGAAGUCCUUUGUGUUGUGGUUACAGCACACCCACUUCUGGUUUAUGCCCCGCCCACUCGAUACAAUAAUUUAGAUGAGUGAACAGAUACAGAUAGUGGUGUACUCGCUCCUCCCUAAUAAAUACGUCUUUGGUAGCAAAUGUGUUAAGAGUCACUAAGAAAAUAACCAAUGUAUUUAACCCAAUAUAUUACAUGUGAAGUGUGGCUAUUGACCAUUUAUGUUCAUACAUUUAAAAUAUGACUACCACAGCAUGUGACGUUGCAGAAGUGCUAUUGUGAAAAUUUGCGAAAGGGAAGUGAUGCAUGUCUCGCACAUGUGCAGAACCGAUUGUUUCUGGUAAAGAUGUAUAGUGACAAGAUGCACAAUGAUCUUUAAUGUGUUUGCAGUGUUUUUUUUUUUCCUUUUUGAAAUCCCCGGGUCAACUAAGUUAUUUUCCAUAAUGCUCAGUGUUCCUCAUAUACCACAUAUUAUUGAAAUACUAUAAAGUCACAGAUAAACUUUUUAAACAAAAUGGAAAAAAAUGUAUGGAGGAUGUCAGUGCUCUCAAUAUGUGCAUUAUAAAAGCAAAACGUUAUGAAAGCUCUACUUUAUCAACUGAUUUUGAAAUUGUCCGUUACAAUUGGAUAGCAAUAUAUUUGUAAAUGACUAAAUGUUUUAUCUGCUGUUGAUCUUAUUGCUGUAUAGAUUUUACUCAAAUUGUGAUUUAACUCAGUAGAAUCCCGCUGUAGUACUUGAAAUUUACUGAUGUGUGUAUAUAUAUUAUUUCCACAUAGACUCUUAUUUUCCAUAUGUAAAAACAAAACAAAACACAGGUUAAGAAAAUAUUUUAAUCGCUGUGCCUUCAUGAUCUUACUAAAAUUGCUCUUAUUCAAUAAUGACAAAAUGAUGGCUAGAAUAAUUUUCCUGUCUAAUAAUUAAAUGCCUUAUGCAUUGACUGUUUGCCAAAUUGUGAGACAUAAUCAGGCAGGUAUUAGAGUGCAAAAUCAAGUUACAGGUUUAUCAGAAAAAAUAUAAAGGCAUGUGCAGAGAACGCUCAUACGUCCUUCUACUGUCUGAAAAGGUUUGUUUUACCUCCACAGCAUGGAUGGCAAAUUACACAAUGGAAACAGCAUGCUUAAAGAUUUAGCUUUUGGAAUUAACUUGGUCAUCAUGUGUCCUUUAUUCUGUAGAAUUUAUUUGUGCAUAAAAUAUUUAGUUUGUAAAGCACUCUCAUAUUUAUGUCACAAUAUAAAGAUGUUAAGUAGGAUGGAGUGAUUUGCUUAUUGCGGUAUGUGUCAGUUGUGAGGGUGUUUGACAUCACAGAUACUGAAACAAUUAAUCCUUGUUACUACUCUACAGGUAUACAGCUACUGCAAUAAAUGUUUUAAUUAUGUGUA